AUGGUUCUCUGUUUGUGUACAGGAACAAACGACAUAGCGUAUGUUCUAUUGUACGUCGAUGAUAUUGUUCUCGCGGCCUUCACCGACACUCUCCUACGCCAGCUCGUCGAUCUUCUGCAGAGCGAGUUCGCCCUCAAAGACCUCGGCACGCUACACUACUUCAUGGGCGUGGAAAUCACACGCAGCCCCGACGGCUUCUUCUUAUGCCAGAAGAAGUACGCGCUUGAGCUCUUGGAGCAUGCCGGAAUGUCAGAUUGCAAGGCCGCCGACACCUUGGGCAAGAUGCACGCUCCGCGCGACGCUCACUGGGCUCUGGUGAAGCGCAUCUUUUGCUAUGUGUGCGGUUCAGCCGCCCUUGGCCUGACGCUUCACGUCUCCUCGUCGCUCGACAUCAUCGCCUACUCCAAAGCUGACUAG